CAGCACCUCCAUCAUUCGAAUCGCCCAUCGCCCUCCAACACAAUGUCAGCCCCGGUAUCUCGCGCCUUGAGGCGUUGCGUCUGCAAUGCAAAGUCCACAACUUUCGUACGACCGACAAUGGGAGCAACACAGCAAAGGAUACAGCGGAGAUGGGCAUCAGGCGACGCUACGACAGCUCCUACGAACCCGAAGAUUGCGACAAUCGUGGAUCAGAUCAGUCAAUUGACCCUUUUGGAGACGGCAGACCUAGUCUCAACGCUGAAGACGCGCUUGAACAUCCCUGACAUGCCCAUGGGUGGAUUCGCCGCGGGUCCAGCAGGCUCCGGCCCAGCAGCGGCCGCACCCGUUGAGGAAGAGGAGGCUGCACCCGCCGCCCAAGAAAAGACGCUCUUCAACCUGAAGCUCGAGAAAUUCGACGCCGGCGCAAAGCCAAAGGUCAUCAAGGAGAUCAAAUCCAUGUUAGGAUUGAGUCUGGUGGAUAGCAAGAAGUUUGUGGAAAGCGCGCCAAAGACGAUGAAGGAGGGGGUCCCUAAGGAGGAAGCAGAAAAGAUUGUGGAGACGCUUAAGGCGCUGGGAGCUACGGUUGUUAUGGAGUAGGCAGUACCUCUCGGACAGUACUGUGGAGGGAUAGAAGAGAGGGGAGGCACGCAGCUGGGAGAUGGCGUGAACGAUCCAGCUGUAAGAGAACACUGUAUCAUAGCAUUGCAUGUAGCGUGUACAGAUAUUCGUGACAUUGGUCAAAAUUCUUGGGUGUAUUUUAUACGCGUACACUAUACGACUACACUACAAU